GUGUUCGUAUCGUCUGCUGCUGCGUUAUGUCUGGUGUCGAAGAAACAAUAAUGAUAUGUGGAGCUGCAUUAUUAAUGCUAGAAGGUUUACACAAACAAAAUGAAAGGCGUCCUCGUCGUUGGUGGAGAAAAACAUUCUAUAGAAGAACUAGCGGAAAUAAUCUGCUACGUGAGCUGAGUAUGGAAGACGGCUCUGGCUUCCGCAACUUCACUCGGAUCUCACCUACCGAUUUUGAAUAUCUGGCAAAUAUGAUAUCACCAUUUGUUUCAAAAAAAGACACGAAUUUCAGGAAAGCUAUUUCAGUCAACCAAAGGCUUGCAGUUACUCUUCGUUUCCUGGCAACAGGAGAUUCAUUUCAGAGCCUUGCGUAUUUAUUUCGCAUUUCGAAACAAGCAAUAUCUAAAGUAGUACCCGAAGUAUGUGAAGCUCUGGUGGAAGUACUGAAGGAUUAUGUAAAGAUACCUGCGACUGAAAACGACUGGAGUGAAACAGCAUGUUUAUUCUCACAGAUUCUUCAGUUCCCCCAUUGUGUCGGAGCAAUUGACGGGAAACAUAUCGUGCUACAGUGCCCUGUUGGUAGUGGAAGUGAAUAUUACAAUUAUAAAGGUUCAUUCAGCAUUGUGCUGCUUGCUGUCGUCGAUGCCAGCUACAACUUUUUGUACGCAGACAUCGGCUGCCAAGGCAGAAUAUCAGAUGGUGGUGUGUUCAAAAACGCGAGCAUAAAUGAGUUGAUUAACAAAAAGAAACUUAACUUGCCACAUGCCGAAUGCUUACCAGGUGGCACCAAGGCCCUACCAUAUGUUUUUGUAGCAGAUGAUGCAUUUCCCUUACAGGAAAACAUUAUGAAACCCUACCCGGGAAAACAUGUUAAAGGUUCAAAAGAGAGAGUUUUUAAUUACAGGCUUUCAAGGGCCAGAAUGGUUGUUGAGAACACUUUCGGCAUUAUGGCUUCAGUUUUUCGUGUGUUUAAAAAACCUAUGUUGCUACAACCGGAAAAGGCAAAAACUGUCACACUUACAGCUGUAUGUCUCCACAAUUUUUUAAGGCGAAAUGCUGCGGCAAGGAACCAGUACUCCCCACAUGGAAGCUUCGAUUCCUACGAUUUACAAACAGGUGAAAUGAUUCCAGGCACAUGGAGACGAGAUGACACUGCAUCAGUUUUCAUUUCAGCACAGAAUAUACCAAGGAAAGCUGCUUCCACGAAUAAACAAAUUCGAGACGAAUUUGCUAAUUAUUUUUUAAGCCCACACGGAAGUGUACCGUGGCAAAAUAACUAUGGGUGAAUGUGACUGUGUACUAUAAAAUACAAAUAAAGACAAACAAGCAUAA